CUUGACCAAACAUCAUCAACACUGUCUUUCUCUUCGUUUGGUCUCUCGAUCACUUCCGAGAAACGACGAGAGAGCUGGCUACACUGUAUUGUUGUCAUCAUACGCAUUACACUCGAAUUUGAAUCAGAUCAUCGAGCUUACUUACCCAUUGCUCUAUCUAACGCAUUUUCAUCACCGUCUCCGUCUUCCUCAGAUCUGAUCAUCCGCAAGGUUUCGCGAUGCCGUCUUCCUCCUCCUUCACCGCCGCCGCUGUUUUCUUUCUUCUCGUUUCUCUUCUCGCAUCCUCUCUCGCCUCAGAUUCAGAUCACAAGUAUCAAGCUGAUGAGCAGGUUACAUUGUGGGUGAACAAAGUUGGGCCAUAUAACAAUCCACAAGAAACGUACAACUACUACAGUCUUCCCUUUUGCCGCCCCUCUCAAAUGGAUGUUCACAAAUGGGGUGGUCUUGGUGAAGUUCUUGGUGGCAAUGAGCUCAUUGACAGCGAGAUCCCUAUCAAAUUCUUGAAAAAUGUUGACAGGGACGUUAUCUGUAAGCUUGAACUCGAUGAACCUAAAGUCGAGCAUUUUAAAGAUGCCAUCGAAUCUAGCUACUGGUUUGAGUUCUUUAUGGAUGAUCUGCCUUUGUGGGGAUUCGUUGGUGAGCUGCAUUCUGACAAAAAUGGUGAAAACGGCAAGCAUGUCCUCUACACUCAUAAGAACAUUAUCGUCAAAUACAACAAAGACCAGAUCAUUCAUGUUAAUCUCACUCAAGACAACCCAAGACCACUUGAAGCAGGGAGGACAGUGGAUCUGACUUAUUCUAUUCAAUGGAUUCCAACAAAUGUCACAUUUGCCCGUCGUUUUGAUGUGUAUUUGGAUUAUCCCUUCUUCGAGCAUCAGAUCCAUUGGUUCUCCAUCUUUAACUCGUUCAUGAUGGUUAUUUUUCUCACUGGUCUGGUCUCAAUGAUAUUGAUGAGAACUCUCAGAAAUGAUUACGCGAAGUAUGCUCGUGAAGAUGAUGAUCUCGAGAGCCUGGAACGGGAUGUAAAUGAAGAAUCUGGGUGGAAACUUGUGCAUGGGGAUGUGUUCAGACCACCAUUUAGUUUAGUUCUUCUCUCAGCUGUUGUUGGCACUGGUGCACAGUUGGCGUUGCUUAUUCUUCUUGUCAUAUUAAUGGCCAUCGUAGGGACUCUAUAUGUUGGGAGAGGAGCAAUCGUCACAACUUUCAUAGUUUGCUAUGCUCUGACUUCCUUUGUCUCUGGUUACGUGAGUGGUGGAAUGUACUCAAGAAGCGGAGGCAAACACUGGAUCAAGUGCAUGGUCCUCACGGCUUCUCUCUUCCCCUUUUUGUGCUUUGGCAUCGGCUUUAUCCUUAACACAAUUGCCAUAUUCUAUGGAUCCCUUGCGGCUAUUCCGUUUGGGACAAUGGUGGUUGUGUUUGUAAUUUGGGGUUUCAUUUCCUUCCCCUUAGCUCUCCUCGGGACAGUGGUUGGGAGAAACUGGAGUGGUGCUCCAAACAAUCCAUGCCGUGUAAAGACUAUUCCACGUCCAAUCCCUGAGAAAAAAUGGUACUUAACUCCAUCGGUAGUCUCCCUGAUGGGAGGUUUGCUACCAUUUGGAAGUAUCUUCAUCGAGAUGUACUUUGUCUUCACAUCCUUCUGGAAUUACAAGGUGUACUACGUGUAUGGAUUCAUGCUGCUGGUUUUUGUGAUUCUAGUGAUAGUGACGGUGUGUGUGACAAUAGUGGGAACUUACUUCCUGCUGAACGCAGAGAAUUAUCACUGGCAAUGGACUUCGUUUUUCUCUGCUGCGUCAACGGCGGUCUAUGUCUACCUAUACUCUAUAUAUUACUUCUACGUAAAGACGAAGAUGUCCGGAUUCUUCCAGACAAGCUUCUACUUUGGGUACACCAUGAUGUUCUGUCUUGGCCUUGGAAUCCUUUGCGGAGCGGUUGGAUUCUUGGGAUCAAAUCUGUUUGUAAGGAGAAUCUAUAGAAACAUCAAGUGCGACUAGACGAAUUGAGAAGGAGGCUUGUUAUGGUGGACAUACAUUAUAUAUAAACGCAGUAGAGGGAGAAUAUAUGUAUCCUUCAGAGGGGGGCUUUUUGUCAGUUUUUUUCUUGCUUUUUGGCGACUGAACUGUUCUGUUUAGAUUAGAAUUUGAGUGGGUGUAAUAUACAACUACUACUACCUGUAAUUUUUCCCCUGUUCCUUAUAACUUCACUUCACUUGGA